AUAUGUGUAUCUCAAAAAGAGUGAGAGAAAGGGAUGGAUUUCUUAGUCUUGCUUUUGUGCCUUUACCUUUCAUGGGGUCUCUUCCAAGCCCUAUGUUUCAUCGCAAACAGAGGCAAACCAAGCCGUAAGAGGCUGCCUCCGGGCCCAUGGCCGCUUCCCAUCGUGGGCAACCUCCUCCAGCUUGGUGAUAGGCCCGACAAGUUGUUCGCGGAGCUUGCCAAGACCUAUGGCCCCAUCAUGACCCUACAACUGGGCCGCAUCACCACGGUGGUCAUCUCCUCGGCUCAAGAGGCUCGAGAAGCCCUCCAGACCCAUGACCUGGCCUUCUCCAGCCGAACGAUUCCUGACGCCGUCACACCCUAUGACCAUGACCGACUAAGCGUUGGGUGGCUUCCUGUAUCACCGCUGUGGAGGUCCCUAAGGAGGAUAAUGAGCUCGCACAUUUUUGCCACUAGGAAGCUUGAUACCACCCAGCCACUCCGCCGCCAGAAGGUGGACGAGGUCCUUGCCCUGGUGCGCAAGAGAGCCCAUGCUGGAGAGCCAGUGGAAAUAGGCGAGACCGGCUUCAGGACCUCACUAAACUUCUUAUCGAACACGUUCUUCUCUCUGGACCUUGCAAACCCCGGCUCCGAUGAUGGUGGCAAGGAAUUCAGGGAUAUCGUAUGGAACUUGAUGGUCGAGGUCGGGAAACCGAACCUCGCCGAUUAUUUCCCUGUGCUCAAGCUGAUUGACCCCAACGGCCGGAGGCGUCAUUUGGCCGUCUAUUUUGGGCAGAUGCUCGAUAUAUUUGAUGGCCUAAUCAAGAAGAGGUUGCAGUUAAGGGGGAAAUCAGCUGAUCCUACAAGGACCAAUGAUGUUUUGGAUUCUCUACUUGAUAUUAAUGAAGACGACAAUGAAGGGAUUAGCAUGGACCAUAUCAAGUUUCUGCUUUUGGACUUGUUUGCCGCUGGUACAGAUACCACUUCGACCACGUUAGAAUGGGUGAUGGCGGAGCUUCUCCACAAUCCAGAUAAGUUAUCGAGAGCAAAAGCCGAGCUCGAGCAGAUAAUUGGCAGGGGUAACCCCCUGAAAGAAUCUGAUAUCCCGCAACUACCAUACCUGCAGGCAGAAAUCAAAGAAACCUUCAGACUGCACCCGACCGUCCCCUUGCUGGUGCCUCACAAGGCCAAGGUGGAGACUGAAUUCUGCGGCUUCACCAUACCCAAGGGCGUGCAGGUUCUCGUCAAUGUUUGGGCCAUAGGUCGGGACACGAGCUCGUGGGAGGACCCGGACGCAUUCAUGCCAGAAAGGUUCUUGGGGCCCAACUCGGGAAUUGAUGUUAAGGGGCAGAAUUUCGAGCUCAUUCCUUUCGGGGCAGGCCGUCGAAUAUGCCCAGGUUUGCCAUUGGCCAUGAGAAUGUUGCACUUAAUGCUGGGCUCCCUCGUGAAUUGCUUUGACUGGAAGCUCGAAAAUGGGAUGAAACCUGAGGACAUGAACAUGGAGGAGGCUUUUGGCAUGACCUUGCGAAUGGCUCAUCCUCUUCGAGCUGUGCCCGUGCCUCUGUGAAUCCAAAACCAAUGUUUGCUACGUGAUCUAGUUAGUGCAUAUAACCCGGAGGAUAGGGGCUCUUACAACGUCCUAGUAAUAAACCAUAGAGAGGGAUUUCAUUUAUCGCUAUUAAAAGUGGCAAAACUCAUGUACUUCUCCGUUAUGAAUAAAAUUGAACUUGCCCUCGGAACUUUUGGCAGCACCAUGUA